CCAUCAUGACCUCUCACCCCCCCAGAAGUUGCUGCUACCAGGGCGUCAAGCACGAGGGAGAAGCCACGGGCAGCUAUUCCACGCUCAACGAUUUCGAGAUCUACACAAACUACCCCGCCGAUAAGUCCACUGAGCACGGUAUCCUGAUCAUCACAGACGUCAUUGGCCACCGCUUCAUCAACGCCCAGCUCAUUGCCGACCAAUUCGCCGCCAAUGGCUACUUUGUCAUGAUGCCCGACCUCUUCGACGGCGAUGCCAUCCCCCUCAACCGUCCCGCCGGCUUUGACCUCCAAGCCUGGCUCCGGGGAGAGUACCACAAGGAAAAGAAGGGUCACCUGCCCGCCGACGUCGACCCUAUCAUCGAGGCCUGCAUUACCGAGAUGAGGAGCAAGUACGGUGUCAAGAAAAUCGGCGCCGUCGGCUACUGCUUCGGCGGCAAGUACGUCGUCCGUCACUUGCACCCCGAACAGGGCAAGAUUGACGCCGGAUACACCGCUCACCCGUCCUUCGUCACGGCGGAAGAGCUGAAGGCCAUCAAGGGCCCCCUGUCUAUCUCGGCGGCUGAGGUUGAUGCGAUCUUCCCCACCGAGAAGCGUCACGAAUCCGAGGUUAUUCUCAAGGAUCUGGGCUUCCCGUACCAGAUCAACCUGUACAGUGGUGUUGAGCAUGGCUUUUCGGUUCGUGGUAACCCCGAGAAACGUACUGUGCAGUACGCCAAGGAAAGUGCUUUCCUGCAGGCUGUUCAGUGGUUCAAAGAGCACUUGUAGGGAGGAGUCGAAGGGUGAUUCGAUUGUUCGAAGUAAUGCGUGGGCUCCAGAGCUGUGCUGUAACUGCGGAGUACCACUUGAGCGUUUAAAAAGCAACAUAAGUAUAUAUGAAGCAAAUUUAACCAUUGCAUGACUGCAUACAUUCUAA